UUAAAUGAAAAUGGAUUUGAUCCCAAGAUAUUUUUAGAAAUAUCUAAAUAUCUUGAAUCAACUAAUGAAUUGACUAAUGUUGACCACAUGAAAUUAACAUGUUCAUUAGGUGAAUGGUCAGGAAGGCACGGUGAAUAUAUAUUAGAAACAUUAAAAAACCUUUAUGAAUCUACUACUUAUAUGCCAGAAUAUAUGGGAAUAUCUAAAAGCGAUUAUCAAAGAUUAAUAGCCGAUUUUGAUGAGCAAUGUAAUCAAAACAAAUCCUAUUUAGAAGUACAUAGAUAUAUUGCCAAAAAAAUUUGA